AUGCUAAGCCGUAGCAGCUGCGCUCUGCUCACCCAGAACAAGAACAACAUUCUCAAAACCCUUUCUCGCGCCGCUUCAUCCGCUCCCAUUACUUCUAACCAUAUCACGACACCCACUCCCGCCGGGUCUACCCCUUCAACGCCAGUUAUCGGCACUCAAGCACCAAAUUACCCUUCAACCUGGUCUGCUAACCAGCGCACACGCCCUACAUCCGGCUCAGGGCCUCGUUUCGAGCAAACGGCGAUGGAGUUCCAGCCGAAUCCGCCUAGUGCAAUGGCAAUGAUUGCAGAGGAACCGAUUCGAGUGGUGGAAGGCAGGAAGGCGGUUUGUGAUGGAGGCGGUGGACCAUUGGGUCAUCCCAAAAUCUACAUCAACUUGGACCGACCAGGACCUCGACCUUGCGGGUGA